AUGAAGACACGUCAAGCUAUAUUAUACGUAGCGUUCUUGUGGUUUAGAUGGCUAGUGUCCAGCCUACCUGGCUACCUCCAUCCCGAUGAGUUUUUCCAGUCACCGGAAAUCACUGCCGGUCCUAUACUAGGUGUUGAGACCAGCAUUCCAUGGGAGUACAGCCCUGCUCAUGCCUCUAGAAGCAUUGUCAUUCCCUUUUUGACAACUGGUCUUCCUUUCUGGAUUUUGCGUCAAGUAGAAACCUGGACCAACGGUGAAAAACAGAUCAUUGGCACUUUGAGUAUCUUUUUGACAGAAAGAACCGCCAGUUUCAUUCUUUCUCUACUUGUUGAUUUCAGUGUCAUCAACCUUUACAAGACAAUGGAAAAAGAUUACCUUUUGCCUCUUUUCUUGGUUGCAUCGAGUCAAGUUGCAUUGGUCUACUACACCCGUACUUUCUCCAAUUCAAUUGAAGCCAUCAUCCUCUGUUUGAGUUUGGCUUCUUAUGCAUCAUUCACCAAAAAGGGAUCUUUGGUAUCUUCUUUUGGUCUUGGUUUCUUGCUCUGUCUUGGAAUCUUUACCCGUAUCACCUUUGGACUCUUUGGUCUCCCCAUUGGUCUUGGUUUCUUGUUGCAUGCUCUCAAAGGAAAUUCUUCGAGCAAGCCUUCCUUCAUUGGAUCCUUGGUUUCGUUUGCUCUUGGUGCCAGUGCAGUGGCUGGCGUGUGUAUCUUAGCCGACUCGCUUUAUUUUGGAACUCUUCAGGCAACCGUCAACGACCAGCCUAUUGUUCAUUUCUCACAGAUCGUCGAAGCCUUGAUGAACUUUUCCGAAUUUUCCUUUAACUUGGUAGGAAAUUUUGUCAUUACACCACUCAACAACUUGAAAUACAACAUGAAUGUGGACAACUUGGCAACCCACGGUCUCCAUCCUCGUUACCUCCACCUUAUUGUAAACUUCCCCUUACUUUUUGGCCCAUUAGCAAUUGCUUCUCUUAUGGAUGUUACCGAUACCGUUGUUGCAGCUGGAGAUACUUUGUUUAGCCGUAUAUACUAUGUUGCCCUUUGUACUAUUGUUACAGCCAUGGCUGGCUUGUCGACUGUUCCCCAUCAGGAAGCACGUUUCUUGGCCCCUCUUCUUGUUCCUCUUGUCAUUGUUUACACCUGGAACAAGACCAAUCUGCCAAAGCUCUUCUGGUUUACCUGGAUAAUUUUCAAUGUCAUUACCACCUUUGUAUUCGGUGUCUUGCACCAGGGUGGUAUUGUUCCUACUAUGAGUUACCUCCAGCAACAAUCUACCAAUAUUCAUGGUUGCGAAAAGUUAUCUUCUGGCGACCUUGCCUGCCAAUUGGAUUUCACAAGCGCAUCUUUCCAGAGCAAUUACAAUGUCACUACACACAUUUUGUUUCUCAAGACAUAUAUGGCUCCCCACCACUUAUUGGCUUAUCCUACUGAAUGGAAGGACACGAGCAAUAUCCAUGUUCAAAUUAAGGAUUUUGGAAGUGAUAUUGAAUCGGCCGAGCGUGAAUUGGAACAUCGUUCUGGUGUUGUAUUCCACAAGGAUAGUCAAACCAAGCACAAGAUUGACUUUGCACCAUCCCAGGAAUUCCCCAAUUCAUUCGAAAGAACUCUCUUGGUUGCGCCUAUGACAGCCAUGCUGCCUCGUAUCCACAAGCAUCGCUAUCUGUUGGUGACAUCUUACAACCCCCAUGUGAGCUUUGAUGACAUGAGACUCGCCGCUAAUCAGACAGACCAAAUGACUGACCCAGCAAAGGUUAUGAGCCUUAAUGUCUGGUUACUUCUCUCAGAAAAGGAUGAAAACUAA